ACAUGCGCAGAACGACAGGUGGUCGACGGCUCGACCCAGCUAUUGCGAACGAACAUCGACUUCUCAUGCUCAUCAUCAGCCGCUAUCGUGCUCAAGUAAGAGCGAUAUGCAGUGCUUUGUGUUGAAGUGGUCGUGGUGACAUGGCGUCCGUAUUUUGAGCGUUGUGAAUGGUGUAAAUAGUUCAAAAUAGUAGUUUAUUUACAAUGAAUGUGAAUUAUGAUCGUGUUUGUAGACUGUGCUUGUCAUCUCGAGGCGAAUUACUGCCAAUAUUCCCUACCACCAGUUCGGAUGACUCGGAACCUCCUGCCCUUGUAUUGAAAAUAAAGGAAUGCGUGUCCGUUCAGAUAAACGAAAAUGACGAACUGCCCACUAAUGUCUGCAGGAAAUGCUUGGAUAAUGUUAAUAACUGGCAUAUAUUCAGGACAGUCUGUGAAAGGACACAAAACAAACUACAAUCUCUGAUUCAUAAAGAGAGCAGCCAUCUAGAAGAGGUUCACAUUAAAACUGAACCAAAUGAAGGAUUGUCAGAUGGUGGAUAUGAUGAUGGGAUUACAAUUGAUGGAACAUAUCCUGAUAUUGAGAAUGCUGGGCCCUCUAGUAAAAUCCAACCUGAAGGACCUCCGAUAUUGGCAUCUUUGGGACUCACUCCAAGAAGUGAUAAGGGUGUGGAAAGCGAAAAAGAUGAAGAAGAAGAAGACGAAGAGAUGAACGAACAACAAAACUUUUUGAACCCGCCCAACGUACCGGAAGUUUCCAUUACAGUAAUGCGCCCUACAGGAGAAACGCUACACGCGCGACAAGGCAUACAGCAAUUAGCAUCUAAGGAUUGCCUAGUUUGUGGCCGAUCCUACAGGUACUCACACAAUGCUCGACGUCACGAGCUCACAGCACAUAGCUUCGAUAGAUAUACAAACAAAAUUACCAACAAAAAAUCUAACCGCUUACAACCAAAACUGAGGCCUAAUCCAUUCAACCCUAAGGCCCGUUUAAUGCCAAAUCCUAUAAGCCAUAAAAUGCAACUGAUCCCAAAUACUCCAAUGGCUAUCAAGAUGAUGCCAAAAAAAACCAUUGUACCACCAAAACCCAUUCCAAUUAAGAAUGUCAAACCACAACAAAACAAUUUGCCAUAUCCUUUACGUAUUAAAGCAUUAAAAGAUUUGCAAAUCAAAAAGAAAGAACCACAAAUCUUGAAGACGCUGCUUACAACGAAGCCUGAGGUGUUAGUGUCUGAACCUGAAAUUCUUAAUUCGGGUCCUGAGAGCCCUGAGACAUUAAUAUCAGAACCUGAAAUAGCUUCUUUUCAAGUAGAGACUAUUCUAUCAGAGCCAGAUGGUUUUAUAAAUCAUCAAGAUGAAGGGGAAAAUGAUGAGGAAAUGCAAAACCAAAGUCAGAACUAUGAUACUGUGGACAUGGACUCUGACAACGAGAUAGAAAUCGCUCGUCAACGUGAAAAUGAAGCUGAAGGUGACCAAAUUGAUGUCCAGGAUGAAAUGGAAACUGAACAAGCUAUGAAUAAUGAAGAAAACGAAAAUGAGGAACAGAAUGAUACUGACAUUGAACCUAAAGAUGUUGGUGAAAGUCAAGAAGAUGUAAAUGACGAUAACAACGAUAAUGAAAAAGAUGUAAAAGAGAAUGAAGAAGGUAAUGAGGAAAAAGAACCAAAUCAAGAUGAAGAAAACCAAGAAAAUGAUGCUUUCGAUCCCGAUUUACCGCCGCUAGCUCCAGUUGUGGAGAUAAAUGAAGAUAUGCAAACCACCUCUUAUAACAGCGAGAUGAAUGAAGAAGAAGAAUUAGAACUUGACGAUUCAGCCGACCCUAAUGACGCAGUCGAUGGCGAUGAUAAAGAACUCGAUCCGGAUAAACAGUAUGUCACCAAAACGCAAAAGGAAUUUAUCCAAAAAUAUCGCGAUAUUAUUGAACAGAUCAACACAAAAAGAUGUCUUUGCUGUAAUAAAGAACACCCAAGAAGAAAAGCAGUUAUACAACAUUUGCAGAAAAAUGGACACAAAGUACCUAAACAUACUUGUUACAAUUGUGUCGUAACCUUCAGUCACAUAGGUGCUCUGCUAAGUCACAUGAGAUCAAACACUUGUACUGAUCUGUGGAAAAUCAUUUAUAAUGAAAAUGGAAUCAGUGAUGAUCAAGUUCUAGAAGAUGAACCGAAAGAUAUCAAGGUGCAAUACAAGGAUAUAUUUAAUGCUAGAUCCUAUGCUUGCAAGUUAUGCCCUGCAAAAUUCCAAUUGAAACAAUUUAUUAUGAAACAUGUGUUAGAUGUGCAUGAGGAUGGCCAAUCACGGGUACAUCUUGCUUGUGUUCACUGUGGGUCUCGAUUCAAAGAUAAGAACUUGUGGAAGAAACAUAUCCGUAACGGUGAAUGUACUGUUUACAUCGCCUGUGAUUUAUGUUCAGAGACAUUCGGCAAUGUGCAAGAUUUCAAUGAACAUGCUCUGGCAAUUCAUGCUGGUAGUUUUGAUCCUGAUAAUCAGAACAAAUGUGUCGACGGUCGUCCGUCUGAUUGCCCCAUUUGUGGUAAAAAGAACAGUGGUUAUCCUAAUUUAGUAAAGCACUUGAAGAUAAUACAUAAUGAAGAAAAACCGCAUUACUGUCAACAUUGUGAUUCUAAAUAUGAGUUAGCCACUGAUCUUAACAAGCACAUAUAUAUGGAACAUUCUGAUAAGGUGUUAGGGGCGCAGUCCUCUGAACCAGACAUGUCGCUUAUAAAGGAAGAGACAGAGGAAUAUCAUUAUUCUUGUACAGAAUGUAACGCUAUAUUUGAAACUGUCGAUGCAUGGACUGAUCAUCAGGUCGCAGAACAUAAUCAAAUAGCGCACCAUUGCGACCAAUGUGAAAAGAAAUUCCUGCGACCAUCUGAGCUGGCAGAGCAUAAAAAUAGUCACUUGCGCGUCAAGUUAUACCCAUGUAAUAUUUGUUCCAAUUCAUAUAGUACUCCACAAAAAUUAGCGGAGCACGUCCAACAGACUCACCCUGGAAUGGGAGUGGGGGCGGGAGAAACAGAAUUCUUCUGCGAUAUUUGUGUGAGAUCAUUCAAGAGCCGUCAAGCCUUCUCAAAUCAUAUGCGUAUUCAUGCUAAAGUGCCCUCUACUAAGCGAAAGUCUGGAGAGACUAAAAGUUUUGCCCCACAAAUAAUUGGUAAACCAAUUCGACAUUUUUCCAUGGUACAACCUGGAUUUAGUCCAUUUAAACCAAACUGUAAUGUACCAAACGCACCAUAUUCGUGCGAUAUUUGUGGAAAAGGAUUCAUGCACAAGAAAAACAUCUGGAAGCAUAAGAAAGUCCUACAUGCGGAUAUUUUGAACGAUAGAAAUGAUAGCGAGGAGAACACUAUGCAUGCAUCCACAGAAGAAGACGAAUACAAUCCCGAUGAAAAUGGAGCUAUUUUAUCAACGCCACAGUUUAAUAGCUUCAAUUUUGCAAAUAUUGCAACUAGCAUGCAGUCAGCGCCUUCUCAGGAUGCCAUGCCAUAUUCCUGUGACCUAUGCUAUAAGCGAUUUCCUCUUAAAACUAGCCUGUGGAAACAUAAACGCGCUAAGCAUGGAAUUAUUAAUGCGAGCGCCACAGAAAAUUCGGUUGAGGUUAAUAAUAGUAGAUCUAGUUGUACCAUAUGUAAAAUUUCAUUCACAGACAAAAAAUCAUACUACAGGCACAGGAAAAAUGUCCACAAGUCGACUGUGCAGAUGUGUAAAAUAUGUGGCAAGCCAUUGAAUUCUACACUGGAGCUUUAUGAACAUCUAAAAUCUGCUCAUGCCCGAGAAUUGUUAGGCUACAAUGCUAGCCAGGGCCCUAGUAAAGCUCAGGAUAUCAGUCAAGAUAUGGAACUUGAAUAUGAGCCAGAACCGGAGCCCGUGGACCCGAGUGCGGACUACCAAGCUCGUUAUCCGUGUGACACUUGCGGAAAACAAUUUGUUGGGUUGCUCGCUUUGCAAAACCACCAAUGUAUCAAUCAAGUUACACAACAGCCCCAGACUUUCGAUUGUGAAAUUUGCCACAAAAGUUACACCUCUAUUGCUGCGCUCAAGAGUCACCGUGGAUGGCACCUGCGCUCGCCCGACGGCAAGGCUGCCGCAAACAAUAGUGGCCUCUGGAUGCCGCAAAACAAAGUAACGAGUAAAGUUAGUAAAUACGAAGUCGUCGACCCAUCUCAAUUAGCCCGUGUCACGCACACCACCACCAGUCCGGCCUCCAUUGCCAAGCGAAGGUUACCGCCAGAGGUGGAGGUGACCGUUGUAAAUCCAAAUAAAAAGAUGCGAUCCGACGACUCCAUCGAGAUGGAUCAGCAGAUUACAUCUAGCGGCGCGGACGAUAGAUACUGUAACAUAUGCGAUCGGGAAUUUACGAAACGAGCUGCCUAUCAGCGCCACAUGGACGAGGUGCAUCAGCCAAACUCUGUGUUCUGUCCCGUUUGCGACAAGAGCUUCACGCGGAAGUCCACUUUAAUCGUGCAUAUGAAGAAGCACUACGACUCUGGAGAGGGCAGUUCGAGCAUGACUCCGCAAGACGAAGACGCUAAUUCGUGCGAAGUAUGCGGGGAACAGUUCGAGAGCGCUAAAGCUCUGAGCGUGCACCGUGAGACUCAACACGGUGAUGAAGACUCUAACGAAUCUGAGGAUGACGGUUCAGUCCCGCUCCCGCAGCCCGGGGAGUUCACUUGUGGUCAGUGUGGGGACGGGGUUGCCACUCCUCGCGAUCUGAUCGCGCACAGGACUAUGCACUCGACGCCUACAAAGUUCUUCUGCAACAUUUGCAAGGUUUACUUUGCGAGAGCGAUCGACCUAUCGUCGCACACGCGAGCCCGGCAUUCGGAUAAUGAAAAAGUUUUCUUCCCUUGUGCUAUGUGCGAUCGGUUUUAUAUGAAUAAGAAAAGCUUACAACGGCACAUCGAAAUGGCUCACUGAUCUUCACUUUAAGGCUGGUUAAAGACCAGCAGGUUU